UACGUAGACAUGACGCCUAUUCGUUACGCCGACCGAAAAAAAAAUUAAUAAUGAACGCUCCGAUCAGAGAUUUUAAUAAUCACCAUGCAGUUUGAUAUAUCGAUAUUACUGUUUACACAUAUUUUGUAAUGAAAGGAUUCCAGCAAACAGCUGUUUAUACUUUGUAACGUGGCGCGAUGGCGUUAAUUGCCACCAGGGGGCGCUCAUCAACAAACCUGAAAGGCGGAGACUUGUGUGGGAAGAGCUGCAUCUGUACAGAAAGCGCUACAUUUUCGUUAAAAGUCGAUCAUUUGCUGCCCUUUUUGUUAAAACUCCACGCGAUGAAUAUAUAUUUUUGUGGCAGUACCAGGGGAGGAAGGCAGGAUGUGAAGAUUUAUCAAAAAAUUGUAAAGAAAUUGCAGACCUAUGGACAAGUAUUGAGCCACGAUGAUGUAUCUGAGAAAGGUGAGGAUGCUCUACCGGGAGGAGACGAGGCGAUUUAUGACCGUGAUAUGGAGUGGCUGGCUCAGUCUGAUGUCGUAGUUGCUGAAGUAACCCAACCAUCCUUUGGUGUGGGUUAUGAAAUUGGUCAAGCCAUGGCCAUGAAAAAGAAGAUUCUCUGCCUUUUCCGGCCCUCAUCAGGGAAAGUGCUGUCUGCCAUGAUACAGCGCGCUGAGGGCAAGUUGGGCAGCUCUCUCUUCCAGGUACGGGAUUAUGUGGAAGAGGAAGUUGAAGGCAUCCUGGAGAAUUAUUUUGGUGAACUCACCAAGAACUAAUGUGCAUUAAAAAUACACUAUAUGGUGAAAUAUAUGUGAACACCUGACCAAUCACAAGUAGAUGUUCUUGUUGAACAUCUCUUUCCAAAACCAUGGCCAUUAAUAUGGAGCUGGUCCUCCCUUUGCUUCUAUAACAGUGUCCACUCUUCUGGGAAGGCUUUCCACUAGAUCUUGGAACGUGGCUCUUAGGAUUUGUCCAUUUAGCUACGAGAUCAUUAGUGAGUUCGGGCACUGAUGUUGUACAAGUAGGCCUGGUAGACCAUUGGCAUUCCAAUUCAUCCCAGGCCAGGGCUCUGUGCAGGCCACUCGAGUUCUUCCACACUUUAUGCACAGGCACACUGUCAUGCUGGGACAGGUUUGGCCCCGUUAGUUCGAGUGAAGGGGAAUGGUAAUGCUAAUGCAUACAGCAUAAAAAGACAUCCUGUAUAACUGUGUACUCUCAACUUUGUGGCAAUAGUUUGGGGACGAACCACAUAUGGGUUUGAUGAUCAGGUGUCCACAUACUUUUGGCCAUAUAGUGCAGAUCAUUCAUAAUGUAAUGAGUAAUUUCAUUAUCCAGCUCUGGAUAGAACACUUUUUGUAAGUAGUGAUUUUCAGUUUAACAGAGACACUUAAUUUUUAUAUAAAUUACUGACACAUGAUGUACAUGUAUUUGUUUUUUAAAUAUGUGUCUCUCAAAUUUAAAUAUUUAAAACAAGAUUCCACAAGCAUAAAAACAUUGUGAUAUUUUCUAUCAUAUUAAAGUGUUACUGUUUAUUCUUUUUCCACAUUCUUGCAUCUAAUUUUUGUUCUUAUCUCACAGCAUCUGAUGUUACUUAUAAGACACAGUUUACAGACUCACAUUUGGUUGCUGAAUUUCUAUGGCAGUGCUUAGUCUGCUAAAUUCAAUGAAUGCAAAAGUGUCUGAGUUUGAAACCAACCAUGUGUCAGUGGAUUGUAAUAUUUGGUAAAUGGCACACUUAUAUAGUGCUUUUAUCCAAAGCGCUUUACACUGUG